AUGUACAAGUUCAUGUUCAUAACCAACCAACCAUAUGCAUGGUAUGCUGGUUUACCUGGAGUCGCUGUGUCUGUCACAGAUCUCCAGGUGCAGGUGAUCAAGUUACAGAACUACUCAGAUUAUGUCUGGGUAGAGCUCAGAUGUCACAGCAGUUGCCUGCUUGAUCAUCCAGCUUAUAACUGGAUGAAGAAUGGGCAGGACAUUUAUAGCAAAACAGCUGCUUCUCUUUCUUCCUUUUUUUAUCCCACAGACUGGAUUUCCUGUGCUGUUAAAGGACACGAGAAGUUUCCCUCUCCAUCAGUGUAUGCUCCAAAGCUUCCCUCUGUGUCAGUGAGUCCCUCUGCUGAGAUAGUGGAGGGCAGCUCAGUGACUCUGACCUGCAGCAGUGAUGCUAACCCAGCAGCUAAUUACACCUGGUACAAGGAGGAUGGUCAUAAACCUCUCAGUGAAGAUUCACAGCUUGUCUUCAGCUCCAUUCAGUCCUCUGACUCUGGACAGUAUUACUGUACAGCUGUAAAUAAGCUGGGGAUGAAGAAGUCUGGAUAUAAACGCAUUAAUGUGAAAUAUGCUCCAAAGUGUCCCUCAGUGUCAGUGAGUCCCUCUGCUGAGAUAGUGGAGGGCAGCUCAGUGACUCUGACCUGCAGCAGUGAUGCUAAUCCAGCAGCUAAUUGCACCUGGUACAAGGAGGAUGAAGACUCAGCAAAAGCAUCAGGACAGAACUUCACCAUCACUGACAUCAGACCUGAACACAGUGGGAGUUAUUACUGUGUCGCCCAGAACACCAGAGGAUAUCAGAACUCCACCUUACAGCUGACUGUUGUGGCAGGAGUGGGGAGGUUAGCAGCUGCUGGAGUAACUGCUGCUGUUCUCCUGCCUGUCAUAGUCUUCUCUGUCUUCCUGUGGAUUCGAAAAAAGAGGAAGUCCAAGGAAUCUGCUGAAUCUGAAGACCGAACAAACCACAGAGAACAGUGUUUACCUGAUCAGAGACAGCUACAGGAGCAGGAUGAUCUUCAGUAUGCCAGCAUCCACUUCAACAACCAGGCAGAUCCUCUCUACUCCAACAUGAGAGCAGCUCAGCCCCGCAGACACACGGAGGAACAGGAAGUUGCCGAGUACACUGCUGUUAGAUUUAACAGAGGCAGUGAAGCCAAGAGAGGCAGAAGUCACGAAACAGAAGAGUCGUCAUGUGGAUUGUACGCCACAGUCAACAAAACCUGAUGAACAUGACAGGCAGCUGAUGGAGGGAUAUUUGACUUUUGUUUUAAAUGUAAAGCUCAGUUGAAGUUAUGUUGCUUCUAAAAAUAGGUGCCAUAUUGUUAUAUUGAUGUUGUUGGGGUUUAUUUUUUACCCAAUGAAUAAAAUGACAAAUGUUUAAAAGUAA